AAGUGACGCAUUAUAUCUGAGACGGUCUGGGGAAGUUUGAGCUAAUCCGGUAGGCCAUCAGAUCUGAGGCUGUGGUGCUCCGACUGCUAUGAGCUGCACGAUCGAGAAGAUCCUGACAGACGCGAAGACACUGCUGGAGAGGCUGCGGGAACACGAUGCAGCAGCAGAGUCGCUGGUGGAUCAGUCUGCGGCGCUGCACAGACGGGUGGCAGCUAUGCGGGAGGCGGGGACGGCGCUUCCGGACCAGCAUCAAGAUGCAUCCGACGUGAAGGACAUGGCCAAAUACAAACCUCACAUUCUGCUGUCCCAAGAGAACACACAAAUUAGAGACUUGCAACAAGAAAACAGAGAGCUGUGGGUUUCUUUGGAGGAACACCAGGAUGCUUUGGAACUCAUCAUGAGCAAAUACCGGAAACAGAUGUUGCAGUUAAUGGUUGCUAAAAAAGCAGUGGAUGCUGAGCCAGUCCUGAAAGCUCACCAGUCUCACUCUGCAGAAAUUGAAAGUCAGAUUGAUAGAAUCUGUGAAAUGGGAGAAGUGAUGAGAAAAGCAGUUCAAGUGGACGAUGACCAGUUUUGUAAGAUUCAGGAAAAACUAGCCCAAUUAGAGCUUGAAAAUAAGGAACUCCGAGAAUUAUUAUCCAUCAGCAGUGAGUCUGUCCAGGUCAGAAAAGAAAACUCAACGGUACUGCUUCCCAACCCAUCAAAUAACUGAGCUCCUGAUCGAUGGCUAGAGAUUGCCUAUCAAGGAAGGAAGUUACUAUCUUUCCAUUUGAGUAACGUCCUUUCAGUAUCUUACCUGAAACUUGAUGUAGUGUUGAUUAAAGGUAUCAAGUGGCAGUUUAGAAUUCCUAGUCAGUACCUGCUGUCCACAGAACAGGUUUUUGGGUGUAUUAGAAUAUAUACUGAGUUUCACCCUUCCUUUCUCUAAGAGACUGCUUUUCAUUUUUAUUUCUGGGACCUCAAUUUAUAUAAACUAUUUUCAAUUCAUUUCUGUUUUUCGCAUCUUUGAAACUUUGAACAUUUUAUUGUAAGCCAAUAAUCUUAUUUUAUAUAAGACUGUAAAAUAUACACCUAACAAUUUUUAAAAGAGAUUUAAUUUUUUUAAAUCUAUUUGGCAGAAGCUGAAUUUUUUUCCAUUUGACAAAAGUAAUAUGAUUCCACAGAACUAAAUUGGCAGAUUCUCUGGUUUGUAAUGUCAUUCACCUGGGAAGCUUUGAUUCUCUCUGGUGCUUGGAGUUGGCACUCUGGUCAGGUGUCUUUACUCUGAAUUUGAGAGGACCUACUACUACCAUCGUCCCAGGGAAUGUACUUGAAAACAAGUGAUAGUAUAAUUGUUAAAUAAUUCAGAGAAUGCUGAGGGACUUGUCCUGUGUAUGUACAUGCACACAUGCAUGUAAUUCAAAUGCCAAAAGAUUUCAUAUAUUUGGUUAAAUAUAAGUAGUCUUUGGCUGGGAGGUGUAGUUCAGUGGUAAAACACUUGCCUAGCAUGUAAAAGGCCUUCGGUUCAGUCUCUAAGACCUCAUAAAUAAAUAAAUGAAUAAUUUUCACUUAGUAAGAAAUCUUCCACUUAAAUAGUUUACCAAAGUGUGAAGAGCAGAACAUGUCAUAGCUUUAUCUACAUCACAGUUCUUAGAUCUAUAUAACUUUGUACUUAAGAACCACCACUUGCUUGAUGUUUCUUUGCUAACACUAAUAGUUGGCUUUCUUUUUUAGAUCUGUUCUUUUACAUGGAAGCAUUUUUAUUACCUAACGAGAGCUGUUAACAUUCAUAAUGCUGUGUAGGCUAACAACAAAGCAAAAUUGAGAUUCAAAUGCUGAGUUGUCAACUAAGUUCACUUACCUCAUUCCCAUGUUUCAGUUACUUAUAUUACAAAUUUAUAAAUUACAUCAUUAUGUUAUCCAUUUAGGUUUGCCCAAAGUAUUUGAUUGAAACAGUGGAUCCCAAACCUGUCGAUAUUUUCUAGUAAUAUUACAUACCAUACUGCAUGAGAGAAACACAGUGUUAUUUGCUAGUUCUUUGUGUGCUGUAAAAUUUCUUUUGUACUGCUCUAACAAACUAAUUCCAGAUGAAACAACAAAAUCUACAAGAUGUCCUGAAAACAUCUGAUCCCUACAAUACCAAUGAACUUUGUUAGAGUAGUAGGAUAGUAAGCAUACAUCAUUUUAGAAAUUUUCAAGUUUGUAUUUGAUGUCCUGCAGAGAUUUGACUGAAAAUGCUUUCACCCCCAAGUGAGAGCAUUUUUAUUUCAUUUCCUAAAAGUAAAGUGGGCUGGGGAUUUAGCUCAGUGGUUCCACUGCCUGCCUUGCAAGCUCAAGGACCCGAGUUCGAUCCCUGGUACCAAAAAAAAAAAAAAAGAGUAAAGUUAGUCCAGCUGUUUGCCUUGAAGUAUGCCCUAAGUGCCCUAGGUUGUCCCCCAAGCCCAUUUAGGAGGCAGGUAUCCUGUAUCAUUUAUCAGCCAGUAUGGCCAGGUUUCAUGGAAACUGACAAAGUUAUCCAUUAGUCUAUUAAGAUAUAAUAUGGUGGGCCGGGGAUUUAGCUCAGUGGUUCCGAUGCUUGCCUCAAAAGCACAAGGACCCGAGUUCGAUCUCUGGUACCAAAAAAAAAAAAAGAUAUAAUAUGGGGUCUCUUUACCUGCCUCAUGCUCUUUUAGAGCUGUUUAUGGAGUUCUUUAUAGCUCAGGUAUCAGGAUCAAUCUAUAUGUUAACUCUCCCCUCACCCCCAGAAAAUCAAAAGCUUGAAAUAAGAGUGUAAAGAGCGGGUGAGGCAUGGUGGUGCACACCUGUAAUCUCAGCACUUGAGAGCCUGAGUAAGGAGAAUUGCCAUGAGUUCAAGGCCAGCCUGGGCUAGAGAGUGAGUUCAAGGCCAGUCUGAACUACAUAGUGAGACCCUGUCUCAAAAAAAAAAAGUAUAAAGAGCUUUCAGUGCCCUACAUAAUAUAAAUUCUGGCUGGGCUAGUAUUAAUGUUGUGAAGGUAAUGUGUAGUUAUAAAAUUGAAUGGAGGAGGAAUAUUAAUUUCUCUUUUGCAAUGGGUGAAGGGAAUUGACUGGCAUGCAAAAUUUUAGUAUGAAAUUAUUUCUAAUAAAAGGCUAUUUUUGAGAACAUUAGUUGCUUUUUGCUUUUGAGACAGGAACUCACUGUGUAGCUUAGGCUAACCUUAAACUUGCAGCAAUCCUGUCUCAGGCUUCUGAGUGCUGGGAGUACAAGCAUAAUCCAGCACAUCUAAGACAUUAGCUAAUUUUACUCAGUAAUGAGUCUAACUACUAAGAAGUACAGAGAAGUUUUGUCACCUUAAAGCAACCUAGUUAAGUACUUAUGACAAAGCUUUCAUAAAUAGUUUAUAAUUAGCACAAUAUAUUCAACACAGUAACUACAAAUAGCAUCUUAUACUGACAAGGUAUUAAUUACAGCAGUACCUUAUGCAUGAUUCAGACAUUCAAGGUAUUUUUCAGUGCUCCUCAAAACAUAGCUCACUCAAUAUACUGAAAUAGAAAUUUGAAGAUGUGAUUCCAGGAGUUUGUAUUUUUUAAAUCUUCAUAACUUUCAGUAUGAAAGUUUACACAGUUUAAGACUGUAUAGUCUACGUGUAAAGCCUUUCAUUCAGAGUUGAGUUGAAAGUGAAGAAAAGACCCAUUGAUACUUUUCAAAGAUAAGUUUGGUAAGGGAAGACAGUGCACAUUUGAUGUAACGUAGUAUGAUGAAUCCAAUAUAAGUACCUACAGGAUCCAGAGGAAGAUUAUUUAAACUUGAGAAUCUAAUAGGGACUGUGAAUGGCUAGGACUGUUAGGAAAGCUUGGUGCCACAGGAGCAAAGUAUGGAAGUAUUGCCAAUAAUAACAACCAUUACACCGUGUGUGAGGUACUAAUACAUAAUCUCCAUUUCAGCGGUGCCUCAUUUUAUAGUUACUCAGGCACAGGAGGUUGUUACUUAUCCCAAAUGGAACCAUUCAAACUUAGGCACUCUUAAAUACAUUUUUUUUGGUACCCAGGAUCGAACUCAGGACCUUGCACUUGUGAGGCAGGCAGCGGCACCACUGAGCUAAAUCCCCUGGCCCUUUUAAAUACAUUCUUAACCAGUAGGUUUAAUCUCCAAAAACUGUGCGGAGUUCAUGGCAAAAUCUAUUACUAACAGGGCAAAAAACCCCCACCAAGUUAUAUGGUAGGAAAUAUAACUCAAUAAAUGGAGUUAGCUAAUGAGCUGUAAUUACUCUGUUUUCUACAAUGAUGUAGCUGAGAAUAUGUGUCCAUGUAACUGAAAGAAGCAAUGCUUAAUCAAUGGUUCUUUGUGCUCACAAGAAAGGAUGCAAUUCUGGCUUUCAAGUAUGCUUCCAGCCAGGUAUAGUGGCACACUCCUAUAAUCCCAGCAUUUGGGAGGCCACAAGUUCAAGACCAGCCUGGGCUACAUAGUGAGUUCAAGGCCAGCCUCUGUCUCAAAAACAAAAUAAAACCCUUCUUCCUUACCAUGUUUCAUGUUAUUUGCCUAUAGUUACUAGAAGGUUGCUGUCUUGCCCAUGUUGAAAGUAGGAAAUGCCCUAUGCCAGUUAUACAUGCCACCUUUUUAUUUUUAUUUAUUUUUUCUUUUGUGGUAUCAGGGAUCGAACUCAGGACCUUGUGCUUGUGAGGCAGGCAGCAGAACCAGUGAGCUAAAUCCCCAGCCCUAUCAUACCACCUUUUAUAAAGAAAAUCAAAGCUUUGCUAGAAAUGCCAAGCAGACUUCCCCUAGCCAUAUUUGUUGGACCUGUUAAAUAGCCACUUGUAACUGCAAAAGAGGUGGAGUACAUAGCUGCCCCAAAUAAAAUCAGUAUUCUAUUAGCAAAGAGAAACUAUUGAGAAAACAAGUGUUUGGCUAUUACAUUGUCCAAGUCCCUUUACCUUGAAUAUAAUUUUUAACAAGUGUGAGCAUUAGCUGAGAGAAUAUAUUAAUGUUCAGUAGCCAAGGGAACAGGCUGUGGCAUACGCUCCUAAAAAACUUGAAAGUGUUGGAUACUGUACAUGUUUUCCCAGCCUCCUUUACAGCUAGGAAAGAUACAUCUGCCUUAAACUUCAAAAUUAAUGAUAAAGCUGGACAUGGUGGCACAGGCCUGUAAUCCCAGCACUCAGGAUGCUGAGACAGAAGAACCACAGUUCAAGGCCAGCCUGGAUACAUAGCAACUCUGUUUUCCAAAAAACAAAGACCAAGUUCAUGAUAACAGUGAAGCAGGGAACUGUGAGUUCUGCUCUAGUGAGAGGCAGCAAAAGUGCGUUUUUUAGUGACAACAGUCUGCAGUGUCAGCAGUGUCAGUGGUGUCAGCUGCAGUGUCUAACAGUGACACUGGGGUCUUCACUGAGUAGUGCCCUGAUGUUACAGAUAUAUAACCUCACUUUUCUUUUCCCCCCUUCUUUCUCAUCUGCGUGUGUGUGUGUGUGUGUGUGUGUGUGUGUGUGUGUGUUUUAUACUGGGGAUUGAACCCAGGCCUCCCAAAUGCUAGCUAAGCACUCUACCACUGAGCUAUGUCCCCAGCCAUUUUUUAAAAUUCUGAGACAGUCUCACUGAAUUGCCCAAGCUUGCCUCGAACUUUCAAUCCUCCUUCCUUAGUCUCCUGAGUAGCUGGAUUAUAAAUGUGCACCAUAACACCUGGCUGAAACUGUACAGCUUCUAAUUCUGGUUUCCUGGCUGUCCUACAGAUUUUUGUGAGUGACUUUGUAAAACAUCGUUCUUUGUUAAAUUUAACCCAAAUUUCCUGUAACUAAGAAUGCUGACUGAUGAGCAUAGUUUUAAAAAAAUGCACAUAUAUAUUUUGUCAAUACUUUAUAAAUUAUUUUGCAGUUAUAUUUUACUAUAAUAUUUGACACUUAUACAAGGAUAAAAGCAGCAUGCAAAUAAAUUAUUAAGCACAAUAAUUCAUCACUUAAGAAUUAAAACAUUACCAGUGCUGGGGCUGGGGGUAUAGCUCAGUGGUAGAACAUUUGCACAACAUGCCUGAGGUCCUGGGUUUGAUCCUCAGCCCCACCAAAACAAAAAUAAAGUAGUAUCAAUGCUUUGUAUUUGUCUGUUUCUGUUCCUAUCUCUCCCUACUGCCCCUGUUCCAUUUUAUAAUUGGUUUUAAUCAUAGGUUUAAACAACCUAAAAUGUAUAUAUAUCUGAAAAGUAACUUUUUAAAAAAUAUUUUUAGUUUCAUUCUUUUUAUGUGCUUUAUAGAAGUAGUAUCAUAGUGUACGUAGUCUAAAGGUUUUUGUAAUCUUAAAGGUUUUAUUUUUUUCAGUGUGUUUCUAAGAUUUGUACCUGCUGUAAAUAGCUGCAAUUUGUUUAUGUAUAUUUCAUCCUGUGAUUAUACAAUAUAUUAUUAAAUAUAUACAUAUGGGCUGCAAGUGUAGCUCAGUGGUAGGAGCAAGCUUAGCAUGCAUGAGGCUCUGGGUUUGAUCCCUGGGACUGAGAAAACUGUUAUAAUAAAAUAAGUUUUAAAAAAAUCCAGGCCAGCAUUCAACUGACUUUUAACUCUCCCUCCAACUGUCAUAUUUAAAUUAACCACAUUUAAAGAGAAGCAGUCACAUUUCAUGUUUUGCAGUUACCUCACUAGUCUAUCAUGGCAACUUUCAAGGGAAUUAAGGAGUAUUACCUAUCAAUCAGUGGAAAGGAGAUUGAUGCCUUUUCUUUGUCAUUCUCCAUGAACACUAAAGGAAGCAGAACCUUCAAAGUUCCAACUAACUACAAUUGUGUGGAACUAAUGGAUGGAUUUCUGUAGGUUAUUGAUCCGGAGAUUCAUUUUAAUUUCAUACCAUCAUCUCUGAAAUUGAAAUAUCUCUCAUACAAAGUCAUGACAUGAUUGUUUGUAAGCAUAUGCAAAAUUCCUGGUGGAUACUGGAGAAAGUCAAUCAGCAUUAUGGCAUUUGAGAAAGAAUAUGUGUUUUGGCUUUUUUUUUUUGAGAUGGUCUUGCUAUGUAAUUCAGGCUGGCCUCAAACUCAUGGCAGUCCUCCUGCCUCAGCCUCCUGACUGCUGGGAUUACAGCACUCAGGAGGCUGGCCAUUUUCUGUGAACUUUUUAGACAUUUUGUAAGUUCAAAAGAAUGCCAGUGUGAUAGCCAACCUGACCAUUUGUGUAAAGUCCAGUGAUUCCGGGUGAUCGCCUCCCCCUUCUCCCCUUGGGAGUCCCCUCAGUUAAUGCAUGACAGACUGCUGCAUCCUGCAGUCUGCAAGCAUAUGUUAUCUUUACAACCUUAUAAACAGGAUACUCCGCACCUGUGUGAUAUUUUGUUUCAACUAAACUGUGUGAAACUUCCCUGACCCCCACUGACUUAGCAAAGCUCUGUUCCUGUGAAAUUCCACUUGUGCUCUCCCUCUCCCUGAGCCCUCCCCAAUUAGAAGAGCUGCUUAAAAGAAACCUGCAAGCUGCUUUUUAUUUUCGAGAGUUUUCCAAGCGUGAGCUUGCUCUCCACUGACAAUAAAAAGGACUCAAUUUGGCUCAGAAUGUGGUGAUUCUCUAUAAUCUCUCACAAUGAGGUAUAACACCAGCAUGAAAAUGUGGAAUGUGAACCCAGGUAGUGUUGUAGUGCACACCUAUAAUCCUAGCACUCAGGAGGCUGCUGCAAGAGGAUUGCUGCAAGUUCAAGGCCAGCUUGGGCUACAUAGUGAAUUCAAGGCCAGCCUGGACUAUAUAACGAGACCUGUCUCAAGAAAAAAAGAAGAGGCCAGUCAUGAUAGUGCAUGCCUCUAAUCCCAGGAUUUGGGAGGCUGAGGCUGGAGGAUCACCAUGAGUUUGAGGACAGCCUGGGCUACAUAGUGAAUUCAAGGCCAGCCUGAACUGCACAGUGAGACCCUGUCUCAAAAAAGAAAAAGAAAAAAUAAUAUUGCUAAUACUUGUUUCCUCAUGAAAUCUAAAGUUGAAUAGUUUUACAUUUUCUCCAUAAAGUUCAAUAAACUAUCUUUGCUACCAAAA